AGUUUCUCUCCUCCUCCUCCUUCUUAACUCUGGAGCUCAAGUUGGACUGGAGUCGUGAGAACUUCAAAUGUUUUAGAAUACAUAUUAUGGCUGGCAUGGAAAAGCUGCGUGUGGCCGUGGUGGGCGCAGGAGCAGCCGGACUGUGCGCCGCGCGUCACUUCCUUGCGCGCCAGGACCUGUUCGCACCACCGGUGCUGUUCGAGCUCACCAAGGAUGUUGGCGGUACGUGGGUUUACGAAGAGCGAGUGGGGCACUACGACAACGGCCUGCCUAUCCACAGCAGCAUGUACAGGGACCUCAGAACAAAUAUUCCUAAAGAGGUCAUGUCUUUUCCUGAUUUCCCCUUUGCAAAGCAUCUCCCUUCAUUUGUACCUCAUACAGAGGUGCGCAAGUACCUAGAGCAGUACUGUGACCAUUUUAACAUCCGGGAGCACAUCAGGUUUGGCACAACUGUGGAUGCAGUGGACCCAGUAAAAGUGAAGACUGGCUGGAAAGGUUUGGCAUGGGACAUCACCAGCAGUGAUAGUGUGGACCGAAGCAAAUCCAUCAAAGAGCGUUUUGACGUUGUUAUGGUGUGUAAUGGACAUUUCUAUGACCCAUACAUCCCUGCUAUACCUGGAUUGGGGAAGUUCAAAGGUAUGUUGAUGCAUAGCCAUGAAUAUCGGAGUGCAGAGCCUUUUGCAGACAAGUCAGUAUUAGUGCUCGGUGCUGGUCUAUCUGGGCUGGACAUUGCCAUGGAGCUUUCUGAUGUCAAUGCUAAGGUGAUCCUAAGUCAUGGUCAGAAGCCCCUGACUUGCCCCAUGCCCCAAGGUGUGGAGCAGGCUCCUCCAGUAAGCAAAGUGUUGGAGGAUGGCAUUGUGGAAUUUCAGGAUGGAAAGCGAGCAGAGCCAGAGGUGUUUAUGCUCUGCACAGGCUACAACUUUGUCUACCCUUUUCUGAAUGAGCAAGUCGGGGUGCAGGUGAAAGAGCACUUGGUCUAUCCUCUCUACAAGUUUCUGCUACCUCCUGCAUAUCCAUCACUCUUUAUUGUAGGAAUCUGCAGAGCCAUAUGCCCAUUUCCACACUUCCACAUACAGUCUAAGUUUGCCAUCUCUGUGCUGGAUGGCUCAUUCGCCCUCCCCUCACGUGAAGAAAUGGAAAAGGAUAUUGAGAUGGACAUGGCUGCUCGCCGAGCUCGUGGUGUCGCUACCCGACAUAUCCUGAAACUUGACUCUGAACAGUGGGCCUAUAAUGACCAUUUAGCCCACCUGGGUGGCUUCCAGCCGCUUCCUCGCUACUGGAGCAAUCUGUAUGAGUCCAACAAGGUUUUCCGUGCCCGGGAUAUGCUCAACUACAAAACCUACAACUAUAAUGUAGUUAAUGAGACAGAAUGGGUGGUGAAAAAUCUGCAAGGACAACAGUUGCAGAAGCCACAACUUAAACAUAUCUAAUUAGAUCUAUGUAGGAGUGUAUAUUCAGCCUUCAGCUGAAAAUGAAGGAAGUAGCUUUUUGCUAUAUUUUAGUUACUGUGACCAUUAAUCCUAAAGACUUGAUCAUAACUGCUUAGGGCUCAGUCCUGCGAAACCAACACAAUAGAGAGUACCAUUAAAUAAUAGAGUGAGCAUCACAUUAAACAUUUUCUCUAUUAUUUAAAAUGAUCUUAUUUAUUAUAAAUCUAGAUAACUGUGAUAUACAGUUACACUUUCCAGAUCAAGGUGCUUUAUACAAACCCUAUUAAUGGAUGAAAAAUGUUAAUGGAUGAAAAAUGUAACUCUGUGUUAAACAAUAAAGGGCAGUUUUACAGGAGAGAAAAA